AUGUACCUUCUCUGUCUUCUAUUGGCUUUUGUCGUCUCAGUGACAGCGUCAACCACAAAUACGACAACCAUCUCAGAGACUGCGUCGACUACAAAUACGACAAUGGAAAUUAACAAGGAGGCCACAGAUAAACUUCCACCAAUGGAUCCGAACCUUGGAAGCUAUUGCAUUUGCUAUCCGUAUGGAUAUCGCUAUAACUAUAGACUAGGACCAUGUGGAUAUCAAACUGGUGGAUAUAGGCCGUAUGGAUACAGAUUCAGUCCGUUCAGAUACAGACCCUAUAUAUAUCGUCCAUAUGGAUACGGACCGUACGGCUACUACGGAUGA